GGGGUGGGUUUGCUGUGCGGUGACAGACCUUCCUCAGACAGGGGUGGGUUUGCUGUGCGGUGGAUCGCUUGCUUAGCUUUGAAGUUUCCACCAGCUUCUUUAUCUGGGCCCAGGAGAGUGUAGGUCAGAGGUCACUCACCUGCCCAUCGGCUGAUUGUGGCCUGCAGUGUGCUUUGGCCAGCACGCUGUGUGUGCGUGUGCGUGCAUUUCAGAUUUGAACUGUUCAGCAUUGUUAAAACGUCAGGAGAAAGACGAAUAUUAAGUGGAAUCAGGGAACAGAAUGGUAUGGUUAAUGCGUGGAUAUCUGUGUAGGGAUGACAGAGUCUGAAGGGUCCGCAGAAGACGUCACUGGCAGCUCCUGGGGAGCUGGUGGCUGUGCAGUUGUGGGGGGAAUGAGAUUCGUGGCUCUGUGCGCCUUCUGAAUAUUUUACCAUGUGCAGAUAUUACCUUUUCCAAACAAACUUUAAUGGCGAGAUUUCACAUGUAACUUCAGAUUUCUUUUAUUUCUUGAAAAAAUGGAAAGCUUUGACAACACUGGGUCACAGUCUCUUGUGACAACCAUUGGUGGGAUCUGAGCUCCCUGUUGACAGGGGUGUCCGCAAGCCCACCCCAGGCCCCACCCCUCCCUCUUGUCUUCUGCUUGCCGUGGCCCUGUGGGCACUUGGGUGGUGGUCCAUGGAGUGGUCUUUGGAUUGUUAGGAGAGGCUGGGUGGUCAGGCAUUGGGAGGAGCUUAGCUCAGAGCUCGUCUGGCCCUGAGAGUUUUCUCCGUCACAUCUGAGGAGCCCAUAGGUGGGUCUCAGGGCACACUGCACCCUGCAGAUACUUUUAUCACACGUUAGGAGUAAGAAUACCUCGAUCUUCCCAGAGAGACCAUUGUUCGUUUUUACAAGGUUUUCAAGGGCUUUUGACCCCUGGAGACUUAGAGCGGGUGAGGAACGUGAGCACAGACGGAUCAGCCACGGAUCACAGAUUUCGGGAGCAAGACCCUGACUCCUGACUGCAAGGCCGGGGCUGUAUCUCUGCCGCCCUCACUGUGCCCUGUGGCUGACAGGAAUGGGGCACGUGGGUCCAGGCGGUUCUCAGUAGCUCCUGUUGGGAGUUAGAAGGUGGUGUGAGCCCUUCCAGGCGGCAGUGUAGUGGGAUGAAGAGGCUGGGAGGCGGCAGCAUGCAGCCGGAGGAGGGCACAGGCUGGCUGCUGGAGCUGCUGUCCGAGGUGCAGCUGCAACAGUACUUCCUGCGGCUCCGAGAUGACCUCAAUGUCACCCGCCUGUCCCACUUUGAGUACGUCAAGAAUGAGGACCUGGAGAAGAUUGGCAUGGGCCGGCCUGGCCAGCGGCGGCUGUGGGAGGCUGUGAAGAGGAGGAAGGCCUUGUGCAAACGCAAGUCGUGGAUGAGUAAGGUGUUCAGUGGAAAGCGACUGGAGGCUGAGUUCCCCCCUCAUCACUCUCAGAGCACCUUCCGGAAGACCUCGCCUGCCCCUGGGGGCCCAGCAGGGGAGGGGCCCCUGCAGAGCCUCACCUGCCUCAUUGGGGAGAAGGACCUGCGCCUCCUGGAGAAGCUAGGCGAUGGCUCCUUUGGCGUGGUGCGCAGGGGCGAGUGGGACGCGCCCUCAGGGAAGACGGUGAGUGUGGCUGUGAAGUGCCUGAAGCCCGACGUCCUGAGCCAGCCAGAAGCCAUGGAUGACUUCAUCCGGGAGGUCAACGCCAUGCACUCGCUCGACCACCGAAACCUCAUCCGCCUGUACGGGGUGGUGCUCACGCCGCCCAUGAAGAUGGUGACAGAGCUGGCACCUCUGGGAUCGCUGUUGGACCGGCUACGUAAGCACCAGGGCCACUUCCUCCUGGGGACUCUGAGUCGCUACGCUGUGCAGGUGGCUGAGGGCAUGGGCUACCUGGAGUCCAAGCGCUUUAUUCACCGUGACCUGGCUGCCCGCAAUCUACUGUUGGCUACUCGCGACCUGGUCAAGAUCGGGGACUUUGGGCUGAUGCGAGCACUACCUCAGAAUGACGACCAUUACGUCAUGCAGGAACAUCGCAAGGUGCCCUUCGCCUGGUGUGCCCCGGAGAGCCUGAAGACACGCACCUUCUCCCAUGCCAGCGACACCUGGAUGUUCGGGGUGACGCUGUGGGAAAUGUUCACCUAUGGCCAGGAGCCCUGGAUCGGCCUCAAUGGCAGUCAGAUCCUGCAUAAGAUCGACAAGGAGGGGGAGCGGCUGCCCCGGCCUGAGGACUGUCCCCAGGACAUCUACAACGUCAUGGUCCAGUGCUGGGCUCACAAGCCGGAGGACAGACCUACAUUUGUGGCCCUGCGGGACUUCCUGCUGGAGGCCCAGCCCACGGACAUGCGGGCCCUUCAGGACUUUGAGGAGCCAGACAAACUGCACAUCCAGAUGAAUGACGUCAUCACCGUCAUCGAGGGAAGGGCCGAGAACUACUGGUGGCGUGGCCAGAACACGCGGACGCUGUGUGUGGGACCCUUCCCUCGCAACGUGGUGACCUCCGUGGCCGGCCUGUCAGCCCAGGACAUCAGCCAGCCCCUGCAGAACAGCUUCAUCCACACGGGGCAUGGCGACAGUGACCCUCGCCACUGCUGGGGCUUUCCAGACAGGAUCGACGAACUGUAUCUGGGAAACCCCAUGGACCCCCCCGACCUGCUGAGCGUGGAGCUGAGCACCUCCCGGCCCCCCCAGCAUCUAGGAGGGGUGAAAAGGGAGCCUCCACCUCGCCCACCUCAGCCUGCCUUCUUCACUCAGAAACCAGCCUAUGACCCUGUGAGCGAGGACCAGGACCCCCUGUCCAGCGACUUCAAGAGGCUGGGCCUGCGGAAGCCAGGCCUGCCCCGAGGGCUGUGGCUGGCGAAGCCCUCAGCGCGGGUGCCGGGCACCAAGGCCGGCCGAGGCAGCGGGGCCGAGGUCACGCUCAUUGACUUUGGUGAGGAGCCCGUGGUCCCGGCCCUGCGGCCCUGUGCGCCCUCCCUGGCGCAGCUGGCCAUGGACGCCUGCUCCCUGCUGGACGAGACCCCGCCUCAGAGCCCCACGCGGGCACUGCCCCGGCCCCUGCACCCCACGCCUGUGGUGGACUGGGAUGCCCGCCCGCUGCCCCCUCCGCCCGCCUAUGACGAUGUGGCCCAGGAUGAGGAUGACUUUGAGGUCUGCUCCAUCAACAGCACCCUGGUGGGCAUGGGGGUCCCUGCUGGGCCCAGCCAGGGUGAGACCAACUACGCCUUUGUGCCUGAGCAGGGGCGGCCGCCCCCUCCCCUGGAGGACAACCUGUUCCUCCCGCCCCAGGGUGGGGGCAAGCCGCCCAGCUCUGCACAGACCGCAGAGAUCUUCCAGGCGCUACAGCAGGAGUGCAUGAGGCAACUGCAGGUUCCGGCCGGCUCCCUGACCCCCUCUCCCAGCCCAGGGGGUGACGACAAGCCCCAGGUGCCCCCCCGGGUACCCAUCCCCCCUCGGCCCACGCGCCCACACGUCCAGCUGUCUCCAGCCCCCUCGGGCGAGGAGGAGACGGGUCGGUGGCCUGGACCUGCCUCCCCUCCCCGGGUACCCCCGCGGGAGCCCCUGUCCCCUCAAGGCUCGAGGACACCCAGCCCCCUGGUACCACCUGGUAGCUCCCCACUGCCACCCCGACUCUCCAGCUCGCCUGGGAAGACCAUGCCCACCACCCAGAGCUUUGCCUCGGACCCCAAGUACGCCGCCCCCCAGGUGAUCCAGGCGCCUGGCCCGCGGGCCGGUCCCUGCAUCCUGCCCAUUGUCCGGGAUGGCAAGAAGGUCAGCAGCACCCACUAUUAUUUGCUGCCUGAGCGGCCGUCCUACCUGGAGCGCUACCAGCGCUUCCUGCGUGAGGCCCAGAGCCCGGAGGAGCCGGCCCCCCUGCCUGUGCCCCUGCUGCUGCCCCCACCCAGCACCCCGGCCCCCGCCGCCCCCACGGCCACCGUGCGGCCGAUGCCCCAGGCUGCCUCGGACCCCAAGGCCAACUUCUCCACCAACAACAGUAACCCAGGGGCCCGACCACUAGCCCCGAGGGCCACUGCUCGGCUGCCACAGAGGGGCUGCCCUGGGGAUGGGCCAGAGGCGGGCCGGCCAGCAGACAAGAUCCAGAUGCUGCAGGCCAUGGUGCAUGGGGUGACCACAGAGGAGUGCCAGGCGGCCCUGCAGAGCCACGGCUGGAGCGUGCAGAGGGCUGCCCAGUAUCUGAAGUUGGUGCCCUGGGUCCGCGUGUCCAUGGCACCACCCUUACCCCCAGGUGGAGCAGCUCUUCGGGCUGGGUCUGCGGCCCAGAGGGGAGUGCCACAAAGUGCUGGAGAUGUUCGACUGGAACCUGGAGCAGGCAGGCUGCCACCUUCUGGGCUCCUGGGGCCCUGCCCACCACAAGCGCUGAGACGUGUCUGGAGAGCCAGAGGACCUGGCUGAAGGAAUCGCCUGAGCCUGUCCAUCCACCAGGGGUGGGGAGAUGCUCCCAUCCAGGCCUGGAGGACCUGCUGCUCCCUGUUGCUCCUGGGGACGGAGCAAGGCCAAGGCUGCGGGAGGCUGGGAGCCCCGCCCUGCCCAUCCCUCCCGCACCAGCGCUGUCCCUGCAGACUUUGGUUCGGUGCCCCAGCCAAGAGGAGGAAGGGGCCCGGUGAAGACAGGCCUGGGGGCUGCCCCAGCAGGCUCUGGGUAUGACCUGCCUCUGGCCCGGGUCCUGGGUGGGGCCUGUGGCUGGAGUAGUGCCCCCAGGCCCUGCCCUGGGUGACCAGACGGGGAGGAAACCUGACUGGACCUGGGCAGGCAGGAUGUGUUGGCCACAGAGAGAGGCGGACCAGCACCCGGUAGGACCUCCUAGGACUGGGCCUUCUUCCAGGGGGCCCCUGGCAGGCAGUUGGGGUGUCGGGCAGAAUGUGAUGUGUGGCCUCACCAUGGACUUGAAUGGGACUUGGCUGGCCUCAGGAUCUUGUGCCUGGAAAUAGCCUGAGAUGGCUCAGGAGGCAGAGAAAGGGUGCCAGACCAUUCUCUGGCGGGGACCAGGGCCCAAGGCCCCAGGGCUGGAAGGAGACCAAGGGGCAGCCGCCCUGGAGGGACAUCAGUGCUUCCUCUUCCACCCAGCUUCCCGUGCGGUUCCACGUUUUCCCACCAGCCUGUCGGCAAAGUUGCUGCCCCAGCAUUCGGUACCUGCUUCUUCCAGAGAAAUAAAGUUAGUUUCUAUUUUAUGUUA